AUGUCGAGACAAUACCUUGCGUGGGGCUCAGCCGACAAUGCGCACCCGGUCGACAUUUUCUCCCUGGCAGUGACCGAGAAGCAAGUUCUGUCCGUGUCGGGGGCACCAUCAAUCAAAGUUCAUUCGACUACUGAUACAGAGUUUCCGCUGGUCCAAUCCAUCGAUGCAGCUCACCCACUGGGCUGCCACCACAUCGUGACCGAUGCCAAUGGUUCUCGCGCCAUCAGUGCUGGAUUCGACGGGAAUCUCAAGGUCUGGUCCUGCAUCGAGAGCUACUGGUCGGCAGAUGCCGCGACUACAGCCUUCGUCAAAGAUGUUCAUCCGUGGGCCAUUGCCUUGUCAGGAGAUGGCCAGUAUCUUGCAGGUGUCUCGGAGAGUGGUCGUGUUGGUGUAUGGGACCUUAAUGGAGGAGGUGCCCAAAUACGAGACCAUGAAACCAAGGGCAGCUUCGGCACAUGCAUCGACUUGUCUGCCGAUGGCCGAUUCAUUGCCAGUGGCCAUGAAAACGGCGCUGUCUAUAUCUUCUUAACCGACACUGGCCGCAUGCCAUUCUCUCUAUCAGGCCUGGUAAAGCCCGUGCGCGCCGUGGCUUUCUCUCCCGGCGGUAAGAUUCUUGCGGCAGCUGGAGAUUCCAAAGUUAUCGUCCUCUACGACACUUCUUCUGGUGAACAGAUUGCCAAUCUCUCCGGCCACGCGGCCUGGGUCCUGUCUCUUUCAUGGAGCAGCUCAGGCGAGUACCUUCUGAGCAGUGCCUUCGAUGGCAAGGUCAAGGUCUGGUCAAUUGAUACCAAGAUGUGCGUUGCUACACACUCCGAGACUGAAAAGGCAGUGUGGAGUGUCAAGUGGCUUCCCAAGACUGCUCGGUCCGAAAGCUUUGCUACCGGAGGUGCCAAUCGGAGUGUCGCCUUCUACCGUGAGGCUACUGGCGGUUGA